UGCCGGAAGUGCAGGUGCAUUUAGCGUUUCACGUUCCUUGGUUUGAGAUCAAAACAGUCCAUCCAUCGACCACUUACUGCGACAUAUGCACUGAAGAUUCUUGUUUCCGGAGCUCGACAUUUGGGCACCAAACCAUGGCCCUAAAUAAGAAUAGCUCAGAGUCUGGUGGCGUCAUCAUAAACAACAGCGAAAGUGUCUUGAUGAGCUAUGAGAAUGUGGAGCUGGCUUUUUGUGAAGCAGACCGUCUCCCUGAUGCCUUCAAGAAAAGCAGGAAGGGAAGUGUCUACCUUACCCCAUACAGGGUAAUCUUCUUGGCGAAGGGGAAAGAGGCCUUGCAGUCGUUUAUGAUGCCCUUCUAUCUGAUGAAAGGCUGUGAGGUCAAACAGCCUGUACUGGGGGCCAACUACAUCAAGGGGACAGUCAGCGCAGAACCAGGGGGAGGCUGGGAGGGCACUGCCGCCUUCAAGCUAAUCUUCUCUGCAGGCGGCGCCAUCGAGUUCGGCCAGCACAUGCUGCAUGUGGCCGCCCAGGCAUCCAAAGGGCAGCCAGUUCUGGGCGACUUUGGAAACUGUCCCUACAUGGCAGCCAAUGGGGCGUGUGCUUACCCCCCUCCUCCAGCCAAUGGGAUGUACGCCUCUGGGCCCCCCCCUGGCUACAGUUACCCCCCAGGUGGGUUCUAUCCCAACCCCCCAGCGUUCGACGGUCCUGCCGCCUACAUGCCGCCCCCGCCGUACUCCGCACCCCUGGGCCAGUCGCCACAGGGCCUGGACCUGCCCCGAACACCCGCCGCUGAGGCUAAGGCAGCGGAGGCGGCGGCCAGUUCUAACACCGUGUCUCCAUCUCAUGUGUAUCUGCCAGAGGACAAGCCUCCCCCCUACUCCCCACCUGAGGACAAGAAGAACCAGUAGAGGAGACCUGAGCCACGGUCACUUCCUGACCAGCCCAGUCCAGCCAGCACCCUCCCUUCCUCCCCGAUCUCUUCAAUUUCUCCUUCCUCCCCUCUCUCUCUCUCCCCUCAGGCCAGAGUCUGUCAUCCCUCUCUCCCUCCCUCUCUCCCUCCCUCCCUCUUCCCUCGCUUUCUUUUCGCAUCUCUUUCUUCUCAUCCAGACUUCUCUUCAAGCUUCACUGGUGCCACUCCUCCUCCUCCUCCUCCCCAUCUUGUGAUUUGGAAUCUGGAACUAAUGAGACUGGAAUUCCGCCGUUGCUGUGGCAACGAUGCAGAAAAUAAAGGUGGCGGUGGUUGUAGCUAGUCUGGUUGUGGAGCCAGAGACCCGAUAGAGAGGGCUAGGCAGAUGUCACCAUGUCUGAAUGACCGGUGGCCUGACCGCCUGGCUUGCUGUUAGUGAAUGUACACGACGAGAAUUUUAUUUCAUUUUAAUUCUUUUCAUUUCAUUUCAUUCAUUUUAUUCUGGCUGCUUUGUACCAGAUCAAAAUUAACACUAAACCAGCUAUAUUCAGUAUUGUCAUACUGUUUGUGAAUCAUUUGUCCAUUUUGUAUGUAUGUAUUGUUAGGAGUUCUUGGGGAUUGCCGUCUGGGACCAAUGCACUAAUGCAUAGUAAAAGGCCAGUGUUGAAUUAUUGUCGUCAGAUUGCACGCAUGAGGGAACCACUGGCGUUCUGAGACACGGACGCUGAUCCAGGAUUAGAAUUGAAGUGUGGAAUGCUGGGAGGAUUAAUGUCGGUGGGAAGCAUGCGUGUGCAGCUGGCAUCUACUCCACUUAACCCCUCACUUCCCCCCCUUCCCCCCAGCUGGAUGAACUCUGACCCCUGGGCAAGCAUCACAGUACACAUCGCACUGGGGCAUUCUGUCUGUCUGUGUGUUUAUGUGUGUUUCCUCUAUGUACAGCACCUGAGCAUGCUCUGUGCGUGUGUGUGUGUGUGUGUUUCCUGAAUGCCUCUGUGUGUUGUGAUGUGUCGUUUGCGUGAAGGCUUGUCCUUCACCUGUCCAGCAGAAGCAACCUGGCUAGAGGCUGACUCCAAAACAGAUCCGAUCCAGCUCCGGGCCACACCUGGGCUGAGUCCGGUCGGCACCACGGACAGCUGCCGGGUUUGAGCCACCCGCUCUUUGCACUUUAAAAACGCUACGCUACGCAGCAGUGACCAAACUCCCUCCUAACCUCCCUCCACUCCCUAACCUCCAUCUCCACCGCUCCUCGUUGUAAGAGUGAUAAUAUAUAUCUGCUAUAUUUAUUUCCAUUCGAGAUGACUACAAACAUGACGUCAUUUAUUUGAAUGUCGAGCUGUACCAGUCUAGCAUGGGUUUUGAACUGUGACAAUAACUCUGCAUCAGUUUGGAUUUUAAUAAACUAAACUUGUGUGAAGUGAAA